UUUCUAUACUUUUAUUUUUUUAUUUAAUUAUUUUAUUAAUUUUAUUUUUAUAUGUUCCUGAUUAAUUAAGAUUUUCUCAAAUAAAAAUGAGUAUUUUUUUUAAUUUAGAAGCUCGAGAAAAAUCGAACUUAACCUUAGUCGGUUGACGGUUGUUACUCUUUCAACUCAUCCAACCUUGAAAUAAAUUCCAGAAUUUGACUAAAUUCUGGGCUAGUGUUUACCGAUUAAGAUAAUCCUUAGUGAAUUUUCAUGGCUUCAAACACUGAUGAUUUGGAUCAACUUUUAGACAGUGCUUUGGAUGAUUUUCAGAACCUUAAUGUCACAUCUUCUCAAAGGAAAGAUGUAGAAGAAGUAAAAGAGGAAAACCCAAUUUUGCCCACAAAUGUACAAGGUUUAGGGUUAGGGUUACCUGAUUUGAAAUCCAAAAAAAAGGGUAAACAAAAAGUUCCUAAUUCUAAUGUUAAAGAUUCUCAUGUUUCUGAGACUUUAGAUAAGCUUAGACACCAAACAAGGGAGGUAGUUAAGAAUUUGGAGUCAAUAUCUGGGGCUCCGAAAGUGGGUGAUGAUUUGCCUAAGGAUGCAAUGAUGGAGGAAUGGGUUAAGCAGUUUGAGGAGCUUGCUGGGUCUCAGGAUAUGGAGUCCAUUGUGGAGACAAUGAUGCAGCAGCUCUUGUCCAAAGAUAUCCUCCAUGAACCCAUGAAAGAAAUUGGAGAAAAAUAUCCAAAAUGGUUGGAGGAUCAUAAACCUUCUUUGAGCGAAGAAGAUUAUAAGCGUUACUCUCAUCAGUAUGAGCUUAUACGGGAACUUAAUGGAGUUUAUGAUAGUGACCCGGGUAACUUCACCAAAAUUGUAGACUUAAUGCAGAAAAUGCAAGAAUGUGGCCAACCGCCAAAUGAUAUUGUUCGGGAACUUGCUCCAGACUUCGAUAUGUCAAAUCUUGGCCAACUAUCGCCGGAAAUGUUGGAGGCACAACAGAACUGCUCUAUAAUGUGAAUGUGAGAUUUGAAUACACAAUAUUUUUCCGGUUUUACAUUUCAGUUACUGUAGUUUCUUCCAAAUGUUUAUUGAUAGUAUUGUUUCUUGGUCAUUAGAUCUAUUACUUUACACUAUAUCCGAAUUAUUUUAUAAAUGAUCUCAUAUCUUGAUUCUAUC